AUAUUUGUUUAGUGUUUUCUAGAUUCCUUGUUUAAAAUACGUUAAUAUGUACCUUUCCCUUGACAGUCGCAUUUUCGUCCUGACAAAAACAAAUAAUUGAAAAACCAAACCGCUUAUAACUCCUGCUCCAGAAAUAUCUAUAAACUCACUCUCCAUCUCCAUUAAUAUUCUCCCAUUAUCCACUUUGUUGUUCAAACUAUCUUCUUUCUAAUCUCCACCCUUUAUUUUUUCAAUCAUAUUCAGGAAUGAUGAGUUCUCUACAAGGUCCAGUCGUAUGCCCGUCUGUACAUAGGAAGCAAGGAGGUAUUCACGGAGUUCCUGCAGUUAACGGGUCGUUAACAAAGGCUAAAACUCUUACAAGUGGGAUGUGGGGAUUUAGAGGUGUUUAUAAUCGUCGCGUUCGUAUCCAUGGUCAACCAAAGUCAAAGACCGUUACAUGCACUUAUAGUUCGUCAUCGAAUGGAAAUGGUAGCAUGGCAGAAAGUUUUAACGAGAACGACUCGGAUUAUGUCAAUUCUAGCGUAGUUGAAGCCGUUGAAGUGAAGAGUGGACCGGAAGGGUUUAUGAUUAAGAUGAGGGAUGGGAGAUAUCUAAAUUGUGCGCAUAAUAGUCCUCAAGGUGGUCAUCUGCCUGAUUACGCCCCGCAUCCGGCUAUUGUAUUGAAGAUGGAAGACGGGACAGGCUUGUUACUUCCAAUAAUUGUUUUGGAGAUGCCUAGUGUAUUGCUCAUGGCAGCAAUGCGAAAUGUUCAAAUCGCUAGGCCAACUAUGUAUCAAGUGGUGCAGGAUAUGGUUAAUAAGAUGGGCUAUAAAGUCAAACUCGUUCGAGUAACAAAGAGAAUACACGAAGCGUAUUUUGCUCAGUUGUAUCUCACAAAGGUGGAUGAUGAAACCGCUUGUGUUAGCUUUGACCUUCGUCCAUCAGAUGCCAUCAAUAUUGCUGUUAGGUGCAACGUUCCAAUACAAGUGAACAAGUUCUUGGCAUUUAGUGACGGCGUGAAGAUUGUCGAAUCUGCAAAGCCAUCUAUUCAGAAAUCUUCUUCAGAUGGCUUAAUAUUUAAAGAACUCGACAGACCAAGUGGGCAGCCUUGUGUUGAAACCAAGGAGUUUAAUCUUGUUCGGAACAUGCUUGUUGCUGCCGUUGAGGAACGUUACAGAGACGCUGCGCAAUGGAGGGAUAAGCUCACUCAACUUCGAUCCAAGAGGAACUGGGCUUAACGGGAAGAUGGUUCUGUACAUAAUUAUUAUAUGGGUUUCUUUAGUUGAAAAUAUGUUUGUAUGAAAGCUUUGUAAAUAUGUGUUGUAUGGUUCCAAACAUCACCUUAUGCAAGAAUUAUUACCUGAUUUAUACUACCAAUAUAUUUAGUAUUUCCUUUU